AUGUUCAAGAUGUCAGCCUCACUUGUUCCUCCUGCUUUCUCUCAACACGCCUCGAACCUACUCCAGCGCGUCCAGCAGGGAGCUAGUCGAGUAGAACUCGUCUAUACCACUCACGACAGGUGGCCGUGCCGACCUUCGAGUCCCCUCGACUCUGCCAACCCCCUUCGCAUCUCCGUCGUCGAUUCAUCCUUCAACCCUCCAACGCUAGCUCACUUAGCACUCGCAAAUAUACCUCCACAUCCUCCAGGUCUCGUGUCUCUGGACCUCCCAUCGCUCAACGUCGCACGAGAGGAUUAUGACGCGAAACUUCUAUUACUUUCCGUUCGCAACGCAGACAAGGUCCUCAAACCUGGAGACGCGUCACAGGUACAGAGACUCGAGAUGAUGUACCUCAUGGCGAAGGAGCUUGUAUCUUCUACCCAGGUGAUAGCCCAGGAAAGCAAUGUCGCCGUGGCAAUCAUCGAUGAGCCUACGUUUGCCGGUAAAUCAACUGCUUUAACACAAUACCUUUUCAGUCGCCUGCAGGCGCUUCACAGUAGUGAAAGCCAGUCUCCUAUGAAACCUCUAAAGCCCCAGAUGACCUUCACGAUGGGAUAUGACACCCUCAUUCGUUUGAUCUCCCCGCGCUUCUACCCAUCCGAGGGUGACAUGCACCAGGCUCUCAAGAAAUUCCUAUCCUCGGCCAUGGAGGACUGUAAUAUUGUCUGCGCUCGUCGCCCCCCAACAGGACCGGACAGCUUGUCGCAAGCCGUAUCUGAAAGUCAAACUUUGGAAACAUUUGAAAGAAUAAUUGGAGAGAAGCGGGUUUCUCUUGUGAAUAUUGGUGAAGACGAGCAAACGUACAGCUCUACGGCUGUCCGUACCAAGGUCCAAGCAGCAGAUAAUUCAUGGAUGGGUGUCGUCUUACCUAAUAUUGCACAGUACAUCGAGCAAGCAUCACUGUACUCGGUAGUUCAAUCAUUGUCAUGA